CACAGCUCAGCAUCGCCACUGACACGACUCAUAAAUCCACCCGUUUUAUGCUCCUCAGUCCUUCAGAGCCACUUGGAGGGAGGAUUUGUGUAACAGCUCCGGUUAGCGGUCCGUUCCGAAAAUGGUGUGCAGGUAGAGUGGGGAUUAUUCAGAGUUCAGCGGCGAUGAACAGGAUGAACACGUCGACGUACCAGGAGGAGGAGCUGCUGGGUAACUCCACCUGGACCUUCUCCUACCAUCACCAGAACUACACCCCCACCCCGCCGCUGCUGCAGGACAAGGCCUCCACCCUCAAACCCGCAGCCUGUGAGCAGGUCCACAUUGCUGUGGAGGUGUUUCUGAUCCUGGGAAUCAUCUCACUACUGGAAAACAUCAUGGUGAUCACGGCAAUAGUGAAGAACAAGAACCUCCACUCACCCAUGUACUUUUUUGUCUGCAGUCUGGCUGUGGCAGACAUGCUGGUGAGUGUGUCCAACGCAUGGGAGACCAUCAUCAUCUACCUGCUGAACAACAGGCAGCUGGUGGUGGAGGAGCACUUCAUCAGACAGAUGGACAACGUGUUUGACUCCAUGAUCUGCAUCUCGGUUGUGGCGUCCAUGUGCAGCCUGCUGGCCAUCGCCGUGGACAGGUAUGUCACCAUCUUCUAUGCUCUGAGGUACCACAACAUCAUGACGGUGAGGAGAGCAGGCUGCAUCAUUGGAGGAAUCUGGACCUUCUGCACCGGCUGUGGGAUCGUCUUCAUCAUCUACUCUGAGACCACCCCCGUCAUCAUCUGCCUGGUGUCCAUGUUCUUUGCCAUGCUGCUCAUCAUGGCCUCCCUCUACAGCCACAUGUUCAUGCUGGCCCGCUCGCACGUCAAGCGGAUCGCCGCGCUGCCGGGCUACAACUCCAUCCACCAGCGCACCAGCAUGAAGGGCGCCAUCACCCUCACCAUCCUCCUGGGCAUCUUCAUCGUCUGCUGGGCCCCCUUCUUCCUGCACCUCAUCCUGAUGAUCUCCUGCCCCCGCAACCUGUACUGCGUGUGCUUCAUGUCCCACUUCAACAUGUACCUCAUCCUCAUCAUGUGCAACGCCGUGAUCGACCCGCUGAUCUACGCCUUCAGGAGUCAGGAGAUGAGGAAGACGUUCAAGGAGAUAAUCUGUUGCUACAGCUUAAGAAACGCCUGCAGCAGCAUUUGCUCCCUCACCGGUAAGUUCUGAAAAGAAGACGUGGAGAAAAAGAACACACACCCACACACAAAAAAUAAAUAAAUAAAUAAAUCGAAGAUGGAUGAAUGAAGUUGAACUGAGACCUGUUCCGGAAAUUCAACGUCCAGCACACGUAGACUGUGUUGUGUUUUUUGUUUUGUUUGGGUUUUUUUUGCCACUUACGUAUUACGGUCAAAACAGUUUUUAGUUGGGUGUCUGUUUUUUCUGCCAACUGUUAGAAAGGACGAGCCAGAAACAGUGAAGUGUUUCCUAAUGCGCUAAUGCACUGCAUCCAAAACACACACAAAGAGGCUGAUUUAUUAGGUACAUUAUCUAAAUGCUCUACCAGCCCCAUCUGAAAUCACGAGGUAUUUAAAAAUGCGUCACAGAAAUCUACCCUUCAAUCUCCCCUGACAUGUCCUUUUCUGUGUGGUUUAGCUUUUCUAAUCAAUGAGAUUACUAUCCUACCCUAUAAGACUAUGACCGACAAGGCAGCCUGACAGAUCUAUUUCACUUCUGUCAAGUGAGACAUGCAGGCUGAAAGAGAGCUUAGAUAUUCACUGCUAAUUGCCGAUGAUGGCAACUCAAGGCAGCCAGUGUUGCCUCAAAGCCGUGAUAUGCACAUCCUUGGCAAUUAGGACAAACAGCCUGGCAACGAAGCCGGCAACUCUGACAGGAUCCUGGGAGUUCUCACUGAUGUUACAAAAGGAGGCCAAAACUCUUUAGAAAUGCAAUUCAGGGCUUUAGGGGAUAAAACAUGAAGUCGUUGUAAUGCAAUGUUCAGGGUGUUUGGAAUAUGCUUGAAUCAACACCAUUUUUUUGUUGUUGUAAUGGUGUUUAAAUGCAAAAAAAUGCAAAUUUAUUGACAGGUGCAAAAACAUAUAAACACAUUAGUGGGGCAGAGAUGAACAGAAGCAAGUCAUCAGCGUAUAAUGACAGUAUGUGAAAUCCUUCAGCUGACUGAUACUUUACUGGUCAUACACUGGAACUAUUUCAAACAUCAAAGUUCAUAGCUAAGUACUGUAAAGGAAUCCAAGGAGUAACGGCAAGUACAAUAUAAGGAAAAGUUGAAGGAUUUUCAUUGUUGUACCUAGAUAAGAUUACUCAGUAACGCCCCAACAAAACUGUCCUACCGUGUCCGGACACAGCGCUCUUCAUUUCCUCAGGUUAGUGGUAACCUGUACUUUGAAUGUUCCAAAAUGCAAUCCAGAAUAGGAAACAGUGUUACAGCAGUUUAACAAAAUCCAGUGAAGGAGUUAAAGUUGAACGCUGAAAAAACAAACAAACAAAAGGUUCUAUAAACAGUUGAAAUCAGACACUGCUUGAAGAUCAUUUAGUCCACUUUGGCAGCUGUAUCAGGGAGAGAACGUUUUAAUGAAGGUGUUGUUGGAGUCUCUGUUCAGUCCAGGGUUAUUGAUCAGUGGGGUGAUUACACACUCUGCUUAGCAUACUGUAAAAUGUUAUUCACAUGAGAAUCGGAGCUCUUCACCCAUGUGUUGCAUGUUAACUCUUUUUGGUUUUUUUUUUUUUCAAUUUGUUCACAGUAGAGUUGACACAGUCGUCAGUAGACAUGGGGCUUUUAAUUACACUUCAGUUGAAAACUGUCCUCUGCGCUGACACUAAGCUCCGUGAAAGUACAAAUAAUUUGUGCUACUUUCAUUUUUUCAUUUGACAUCUACGUGCAUCAUAAGCUCAUUAAGAGUUCUUAAGCCAAAUUAUUUCCACACGCAAAAUUUGUCAGAAUCAAGGCGCCGUUAGAGGCGUGCGUGUUCGUCUGGAUGCUUGUCUGCUCCUCAGAGCCAGCCCACACCCGCACACCGGUGACAGGGCUUUAGACUUCAAGUAAACACAAAUAACGAAAUGUGUUGUCUCCAUCAGAGAAGCGGUGCUGAGAGUCGUGGAGGAGAAGCGUUUUCUGCUGUCGCUGCAGUAACUCCUGAGCUCCGCUGAUGCCUCUGUACGAUUUAUGAAGACAGUUUUUCCCUCAUUAUUUACAAAAAGCAAACACUGAAUGCGUCUUCUGCUGAACAGAAGAACAGAAAAGUGCUAAUUAAAACAAGCCUUGCAAUAUGAAUGAUGGGAAAAAAAAGAAUACAAGAACACAAUGAGUACAUUUUAAAAACAUUUCUAAUUACUUUCCUGAAGAUUCAAACUCUCUUGAAAAGUUUGUAAGGAAAAACUUUAUCUUUAAACAUGUUUUAGUUAAAGUGGCUAAAUAGAAAAUGUAUCGCGAGCACACGGAUUGCAUAAAUAACACAAAUUAAUGUUAUUAUAAUAAUACAAUUUUGAGAUUCCAUCUGUCCAUUAUUUUUGCACAGAAACCUGUGAUCUGAGUAACUAAAGAUAUAGAAACCACAUAUACAUAUAUAAGUUUUAUUCAUACGUAAAUGAAUAAAACGUAUUCCCAUUUGGGAAGGUCAGGUAGUUAAUAACUAAAUUAAUCAGAGGGUGAAUACAGUUAAAGUUUGAGACUAAAAGAUAUCAGACUUAACUUGGACUCCUGAUCUGAAACUUGAGUCUUUUUCACAUGUAUGAAGAUUUAAUAAAAAGCUGUCAUGACAGGCUAGAGUGUUAUAGAAUGAGGCUUCUUUAACUGUGAAAGGAUGCACUUAAUUAUUAUCCAGUGAUGUUUGUGAGUUAUGGGCUGUUAACGACGCAUAUACAGGAUAAAAAUAAUUCAAAACUGAAACGUAAAAGUAUAUUUUGUCAGUGGAAAGGAGGCGAGCACGUUGUACUGUUCAGUUGUAAAUGUGAAAAGUGAUCUGAGUCAGUUUGGAAACCAAAUCCAUAAUCCCAGUUUAUGAAUGAAUUUAGACCUGUUUUGGCAGAACAAUAAUAAUAAUAAUAAAAAAACAUUCUUUCUUUCUGGAUUCUUACCAACCUACAUUUCAUUGUCUCACCGGAGCCCAAAGAAUUCUGCAGCCAUGAAGGAUGUAACAGUAAACUUCAUGUUAGAUUGGAAAAAAAGGAAAGGAUGACUUGAGCUGGUGAUUUUCACUGCUCAGUUUUCCAGAGCUUUCAGAAUGUAGGAGAAGUCUUUGUGAGGAGACAGGAACAGGGAUGAUGCAUUAAGAGUAUUAUUACUGUCUUGCACACAUGAAGAGUUCUGCACUGAUUACUCUGUGGUGGGAAGGCAGAGCCUGCUGUUCGGCUUUGUUCAGCACACUGAAGGUAAAAACCAUCCAAGUAAAUGCCCCCUUUUAGAGGUCUGACAAAGACUUGCAGAUGAAAGCGCUGCCUCCACUCCAGGUGGAAAAGCAUUAUGAUAUCCGGUGCUGUGGAAGACAUACAUGACUAAUACCUGGAUCAUCAGCUUACGUUGCUACAAUGUGAAUGAGUAACACCAAAAACAACGUAGAAAAAGUGGUGAUAAAACAGCAGGGCAGUAUGACAGACACUUACUCCUCUGACUAAUGGUCCUCACGCUCAAAUCACCUGUUAAAAGCAGACAUGGAAACCACAAAAACACACACAACAGCCAUCUCUUUUCAUAAACGCUUUCCAAGAUAAUUACAAAUCCCUGCUUCACUCCGGGGGGUAACACGUUUCUCCUGCUGUCUCACAUAUUGCCUGACCUUUACAGGAUCUAUUUAUUUUCUGCUCAGUGUGAAGCAUAAAAGUGUUUUUAUGUAUCGCUGUAGAAACAUUAUGUUUCCAGAUAUUUUUUUGUCCAGUUUUUUUUUUCUUUCUUUUUUUUAUUUAAUGUAAUUAUCAGCAUGUAUUCAACAAACACAACAAACAUUCAUGAUUUUUCGGAACUGCCUAAAUGCCAGCUUUAAAAAUUUGAUUGUUUUUUUUUUGUAAAUAAAAAAAUAAAGGUUGACUUUUUUUUUUACCUGCUUGUCCAAUACAUGUAAAUAAGAGCCUUUUCUGGUGAUAAUAGUUGUGGGUGGGGAAGGCUGAAUUUCAAAAAUCAGCAUCAACAAUGAUUUUGAGCAACUUUAAUUUUUAACAACAAAAAAUAAGAUGUGGCUCAAACUAUCAAUUGACCAAAUUUUACUUUUUU